CAUGAAUGGUCCCAUAACAUGGAGGCAAAAAAGUCAAGAAAAGCAGAUCAGACGACGUUUUUUUAGUCGAUACAAGAAAAGAUCUGGUGCUUUUGACAGUGUAGAACUCAUCAUCACCAUCACCCAGACGGUAACUAUGACAACAGUAUAGUAACCAUGGCAACAGCAACCGUGCCCAGAAGACCGGCAGGUCAUAGCCAGAAUGGUAGCAUGGGGCGCCGGAAGGAACAUUCCUCCCACCGUAGCAGUUACCCCCCGCGGAAUGUCAGCGGGUCCAGAAGUCCCAUGUACCUGCCGUCAUCGCCGGGAGAAGACGACGUCUUCACGUUUCCAGACACCGCGAGCUCGCGCAGCGCCCACAGCAGGAGUGAGACAUCCCUCCUAAGGAAGCCUAUCAACCACCAAGGACCCUUAAGACACAGCCAGGGCUCCUUGAGACCCACCCAAGGUGUCUUGAAGUUUGCCCAACAGCCUGCGCACCUCAGUAAGGGUCCUUACGAGUCCUGGAGCACCUUAAGGACCGCCCAAGGAGCUGGCACCAACAGCGUUUCUUCGUCUGUUCCUCCGAGUUCUAUCACCUACCCAACCUCCUCCAAGACGUCUCAAGUCUCUCAAGACUACGCCAGAAGGGAUGCUCCAAACUUUGUGUCAAAUAAGUACCAUGACCCCAGGAGUCCAAGAAGACCUGUCACCCGAUCCCAGUCUCCUCCUGCUCCCAGAUCCAUCUCAAGUUCAACCAGGCGCUCCCCCAGCCCCAAGGCUCUGUCCAACUCCGGAAGGAGCUCCUCGAGUCCCAAGGAGAACUCCAACUCCCUAAGACACGCGUCUCAGAAUGCUGUGGGAAGAAAGAGCCCAGCGCCCGCCAACGUUAAUACUGCUGACAGAAAGGCUGCUGAAAAAGGAUUGCCUAAGAUGCCGGCAUCUGCUGUGGAAGUUGUCCUGAGAAAGAGAAUCUGUUUCUUGUCAGGAGGCCGUGACAAGAGACGAGGCCCCAUCAUCACAUUCCCCACCCACCCCAAACCUGUGGACUUUUCUCCUGAGGAGAUCGGCUUAAAUGUGGCAUUUCUAGCCUCGGUACCCAGCCCUGAAUCCAGAUCCCGUGGUUUUUCUGUUAUCAUUGAUGUGAGAGCUCCUACAUGGAGAGCCAACAAGAGCCUGGUCAAAGUGUUGCAGCAAACUCUGGGACGUCAGCUGGCCCAGGUCAUCAUUGUGAAACCCGAUACCUUCUGGGACAAGCAGAAGACCAGCUUCCGUUACCGUAACGACAAGGCUGAAGGUGGUUAUGAGACCAUAAUGGUAACAGCCUCCAAGAUAUUCCAGUAUGUGGACCAGGACCAGCUCACUAAGGACCUGGGGGGGACACUGCCAUACGACCACGAUGACUGGGUGCAAAAAAGACUGGACAUGGAGAAGUUUGCACGUGACUCAGCGGAGAUGUGCCAGCAGUUGGACCAGCUAGAACACGCCGUGAACACCCAGCUCCUGUCCGACACCAUCGCCAUCGGAGACAGGUUCAUCUUCCAGUACAACCACUUCCGCAGGAAGGCUCGAACGGUCGCCGUGGAAACCAUCAAUUUUGGAAAAGAGCUGCUGGCAGACCUACAGAAGUUCAUCGAGUCGGGUUUCGCCUCAGACUACAGCAAGCACACAGAGGACACUGUGGUUGCCGUGGCAACGGUGAAGAAGCAGCUUUCCGCGGUGGAGGGUCGGGAGAACAAGCUGCUGGAGCUUCUGGAGGAACAGAUUCGGGAGGAGGUAUACGGGAUGCAACUGUCUUCACUGGAGAAGGGGGCCAAGGAGGUUGUUGAGUGGAUCCUGGGUACAGGGCAGCAAAUGUUGGGCUCCAACCAUCGUAUCGGACAGAACCUGACAUCAGCAGAGUCGUACAGGAAGGAACACGAACAGAUACAGCUUAGGUGUACCGAUGUUUUUGCGAAGUACUCUGAGCUGACCCACAAGGCCGAGCUUCUGCUCCAGGAGGGAUACGGAGUGACUGAUGACAUCAAGGCCCAGCGGGACUACAUGGACACCGUGUGCCGCAACUUCGCCUCACGCAUGGAGCGCAGGCGCAACCUGCUCGUGUCCUCUGUCAAGUUCCUCAGAGUGGCACAGGGGGUUGUCCACUUCUUCUUGUCUUCAGUAAGUUUAAGUUCUCAUUUUCCAUCCUUGCAGCUGUCUCGUGCCUUGGACAGUUUGCUAGAACAGGUGUUAAGUGAUACGAUACCUGAAGACGUCCAGGCAGCAGAGCGAGCCAUCGCCAGGAUACAGGAGUUUGGAGAGAACGUGGAGAGAGAGUUUAAGGAAGCGAUGAAGGAAGGACAGGUCCUUAUGGACCUCCUUAGUGGCCUGGUUAAAGACGCCUUCGGGAAAGACAUCACUCCGGACCACACUCGAGACUUCCAACACACCAAGAACAAACUAGAGGACCUGGAGAGGAGGAAACUCAGGUGUGAUGAGCUGGGUGACGUGCGGAAAUUGCGGCUUCAGCAGAUUCUGCAGCUACGCACCUGCGAGAGGGACGCAAAUCAGGCUAUCCAGUGGCUAGAGGAGCUGUGUGGGGUGAUGGUGAAGACUCACACUGACGUGGGGAAGACGGCAGGGGAAGCCGGGAGACUGAAGGAGGAACAUGACAAGUUCCAGUCUACUGCUAAGAGCACGUAUGACUAUGGGAAGCAGCUUCUCCAGGCUGCCCUGGUGUUGAGGCGCUCCUGCCACUACAACUGCCAACCCAACCACUUCAUGGCAGUCAGGCUGGAGAAGGCUUGGAACAAGUUCUCCAAGUGUUUGGAUGAGAGAGCCUCUAGACUGUUCAUCACGCAUGACUUUCACAAGAAAGCCGACACACUCCUGUUAGACAUGCGUAACCUGAUCCACAGCAUGCAGCUGGGCGCUGCAGCCGACUCGCUCCAGGAAAGCGCGGCCAGCAUGAUAGUGAGAAGAAGAGAAGAGACGGAGGAUGAGUAUGAGGAAACGAUGAGGAUGGGGAACUCCCUGAUGGUGCGCCUCGCCAUGCCCAUUAUGGACAAGACCAGUCAGCACAAGAUUGCGGAGGACACCCGAGAGGCCAUCGACCUUGUGCAGAAGAAGCAGAAGCAGCUUGACGUGCGUAAGAAGGAGGCUGAAGACGUCUGGAAGGAGAACCGGAAGAGACUUGAGGCUCCGCUCAAGAUCCGGCAGCUGCACAGGGAGAUGAAGCAGUCGCUACAAGACAUCCAGUUGAGAAUAGCAGACGCCAUGCCGGGGUUACUGGAGGUCGGAAGGAGCUUGGAGGAGGCGAAACGUCUCAAGAAACAACACGAAGACUUAAUGGGAAAACUUAAGGGUAAACAAGGACAUGUAAAUGAGCUGUUGCACCAGGCAGACAACGUGGUCAUCAAUAAGGAACCUGACCUAGACGUGUAUGAAGCCAUGGCCGAGUCACUCGGUGAGGCAUGGAAGGACCUUAACGCUCAGCUGGAAGACAGAAGACUGCUGCUCGAUGCUGCCAUACUCUUUCAUGAAAGUGUCAAACAGUUCACCGACAAGUUGAACAUGGCCCACCGGCUGUUCAGUCCCCUCACCCUCCCACAGGAUGUCGACACCAUCAGGCUACAGCUGCAGAAGCAUCAUCAGACAAAAAAAGAAAUCCUAGAAGCCUCCAUGGAGACGAUGAAUCGCGGACAGGUUUUGCUGGACCGUAUGCACGACAUGGGGACACACAUCGAGAGUAAACACACCACGACGGCCGCGUGCUACGGCGUGGAGCACAUGCUGGAAAACCUUCACGACAGGAGACGUCACAUGGAGGAGGUCUGGGCACUGCAGAAACUACGGCUGGAGAAAUCCCUGCAGCUGUGUAUAUGGAAACAGGAGGUCAAUGAU